CGCAGCGCUGACGCUCAUCUUCCUCGCAUCAGGCUCGGUCCCUCAGCGCAGAUCUUCUGCUCCUUCCCCCACUCGCGCUCAGGCUCGGUCCCAAGGAUCGGAUCUUCCGCGCGUCGGCGGCUCCCCCUCGGCGGCGUCCAGCGACGGAGGGGCAGUCCCAGGCUCGGCGGCGGCGGCGGCGACUCCCCCCACCUUCUCUCGCCAGUCGCCUCGCGCCCUCGCCUGCGUCCUCCGCGCACCGUCCGACGACCCUGCGUACGCACCUCCCUCUCCCCUCCCGCCUCUGCUGUUCCCGUGGGAGCCCGGUCAGCUGCCCAGGGUGGCCGGGCCUUGGCUCCGCCGGUGAGAUAGAUUAAGAAUGGCUGCGCGGAGCAGUUCUAUGCCCCCCGAGGAUGACUACGAGACUGAACAAAAGAAGCAAGCUGCUGCAGAUGUUCUUUUUCACUAUUCACAAUUUGUUAUGGUCUGCAUUGGUGAGGAUGUUCGCCCUACUGAUCUCAGGUUGCAUCUUAUGAAGGAAGUUUCAGGAAUGCCCACUUCUCUGAAGGAGCCUCAACAGGCUGCUUCCUCACCGGCUUCUAGUGGCGAACCGUCUUCCUCUGGAAUGAUGAAAGGCGACAAGAAUGAAAUCUCCUAAGCUUCAUAAAUCAUUAUCCAACUCAGGUCUUCUGCUGUUCCUUAUGCGCUGAGAAGAUUGUAUCGUUCGGAACUUCAGAUGAUGAGGCCUACUUGCAUUAUAGGAAUGUAAAUAUGUUAGGAACACUGUUCAUAGCUGUCUGCUGUUCUGCUGCUUUAGCUUCUUUCGUGACAGCCUGCUUCAUGUUUGAAUCCAUUUUUAUUCAGGGGGCAGUAACGUAAAUAUUGUUGUAUUUUUCCUUUUUAAAAAAAAUGCAAAUGCUGCAUAUAAAGAUGGCAGGUGAAUAUUGUGUUUUGAAUA